AGUCAGACAAUCCAAUCCGCCAACAGAUCUCCAGCGGAGAAAGGCCACGAAGAACGGAGAGGUGUAGUCCAGGGACGCGAAGAGUGGAUCCGAUCCUGGGUAAACUCUCUUAGGCUACAAAACACACGUUUAACGGCAACAAAACAAACGGAAUAGAGAAGCUUCGGAACUGAGGGUUUCCAAACUGCGUUACCCACUCCAGGCAGCAGAUGGCGACGUGCGUCUUUCAUGUGAAGAGUCAGUCGUGACGUAUAAUCCAGUGGACGGGACCGGAUAACAACAACACGGUUACGGAUUCGACCACAUCGGUAGCUCCCAAGCGACAUAAAACCGAAACAUUGGAGCUCUUUGGACCGUUAUAGACAUCAGUGUUUUAAACACGCUGUCUGCGUAUAAAGUUAUUCCAUUUCACACUGACGCUGUUAGUCAGCUAGCUGGUUAAAAUAGCCGAGCACUUGUCUAGUCGAUCACGCGAAUGAGCGAACAUCUCAGGACAUGAACUCACUAAAUUACUCCCACCCUGCUAAAGAAGAAGCUCGUGGCCUGAACGUUGUCGUGGCAGAGGAAGAGGAGGAAAAAGAAGCGUUCGGAAUGAAAGAAGAGAAGAAGGUUAUCACAUUGAAAGAAGAAGAAGGUAUUGGAGUAAAUGAGGCGAUGUGCGUUACAGGGAAAGAAGUGGAGAAAGAAGAAGACGCCGUUGUUCGAGUGAAGGAGGAGAUUACUGUCACAGUGAAAGGAGAGGAAGGUUUCUGGGUGAAAGAGGAGGAGAAGUACAUGACUGUCACAGUGAAAGGAGAGGAAGGUUUCUGGUUGAAAGAGGAGGAGAAGUACAUGACUGUCACAGUGAAAGGAGAGGAAGAAGGUUUCGGGGUGAAAGAGGAGGAGAAGUACAUGACUGUCACAGUGAAAGGAGAGGAAGAAGAGCAUGUUUUAGUGAAGGAAGAAGAGCAUGUUUUAGUGAAGGAAGAAGAGGAUGUCUUUGGAGUGAAAGAGGAGGAAGAAGCUAUGAGAGUGAAAAAUGAGGGGGAUGAUGACGAUGACGAUGAAGAGGAGGGGGAGACUGGAGAUCUGAUUAACACCAAAGAGAGACCAGACUCUCAGUCUGACGGCAGGAAGAGUCCAUUGGGGGAACCAGACCCAGAGACGGCCAAACCAGCAAGACCACACCACUGCUCCCAGUGUGGAAAGAGUUUUUCCCGGUUAUGGGACCGGAAAAUACAUGAGAGAAUACACUCUGGAGUGAAGCCUUACCACUGCUCAGACUGUGGAAAGAGAUUUACCCAGCUAGGGCACCUGAAAGAACAUAAGAGAACACACACUGGUGAGAAGCCCUACCAAUGCUCCCAGUGUGGAAAGAGUUUUAACCAGUUAGGGGCCCUGAAAACGCAUGAGAGAAUACACACAGGAGAAAAGCCCUACCAAUGCUCCCAAUGUGAAAAGAGAUUUACCCAGUUAGGUACCCUGAAAGAGCAUGAAUUAAAACACACAAAGACACAGGAGAAGACAUACCACUGCUCUCAUUGUGGGAAGACAUUUUCCAGGUCAGAGGACCUGAAAUCACAUGAGAGAAUAGCGAGGCUGUGUUCCGACUUAUGUUUUUGACUGAGAUUUUUUUGUUGUCUUUGUUCAUGCUAGAUGCUGUUCAUCACGUUUGCUGACUGAAGACAAAUGAAUAAUGUCAGUCAUCAGUAUUUUGCAGUUCUUCCAGAGGGGGCGGUAACUGUCAGUGUAGUUGACCUCUGAUUCGUCGAGCUUCAUGUCAGUCAUUCCCACUUCGGUCCACGUGUGUGAAAGAAGGUGUGGUUGGUUGCAUUUUUACCACGGCCCUGAUCUAUUUUCCACUAAUAUGGUCUUAUGAUCAAUCACAUCAGAUAUUUUUUUUUCAGAGCUGAUCUAAGUGGUCAAAAGACCAAUUGGUGGAUUUUUUUUAUUUUUAGAAUUUUAGAAUUUAGAAUUUAGAAUUGUGAGUAAGAUUCUGUUAAUA